AUGGCAGCCCUUGCCAGUUCCUUGAUUCGGCAGAAGCGGGCAGUAAAAGACGAGCAGGCCAACCGACCAGUGAGCAGCAAACGCAGGCCCUGCCCCAAGAGCAACAAGUCACUCUGCCAGAAGCAGAUCUUGGUGCUCAUCUCCAAGGUGCGGCUCUGCAGCGGCAGCAGGGGACGCACCCAGAAACGGCCUGAACCCCAGCUCAAAGGCAUUGUGACCCGUCUGUACUGCCAGCAUGGCUUCUACCUCCAGAUGCACCCAGAUGGCACCCUGGAUGGCACAAGGGACGAGAGCAGCUGUUUCUCGCAGUUCAACCUGAUUCCUGUAGGCCUGAGGAUUGUGGCCAUUCAGGGAACCAAAACUGGGUUGUACCUCGCCAUGAACAGCGAAGGGUACCUGUACACCUCUGAACACUUCACACCAGAGUGCAAGUUCAAGGAGAGCGUGUUUGAAAACUACUAUGUCACCUAUUCCUCUAUGCUGUACCGCCAGAGUCAAUCAGGUCGGUCCUGGUAUAUUGGCAUCAACCGGGAUGGUCAAGUCAUGAAAGGGAAUAGAGUCAAGAAGACAAAAGGUGCCGGCCAUUUUGUCCCAAAAGUCAUUGAUGUGGCCAUGUACAAUGAACCUCCGCUACAUGAAUUACCUGAGCAGUGCCCUCCCAGGAAGACGGCUAAGACACUGGACUCUCCUUCCCUCCAGAAUGGCAGGAAAGAGCCAUCACUUGCAGAUGCCUCCUAGCCCUUGUGACUAAGGGUUAGAAACACUAAUCAGGAGCACCUUUUGGUUGCAAUGAC